CUCUUGCUCCCUCUUUCUCAUUUCCAACUCCAUCUUAUCUCUCCCCACCCCCUGCUUCGACUUCCAACUACCUAACCCCUUCUUGGAAACCCCGUCACCUCUAAUCCAUUCCUCCACCAUGACUUCUGAGCGUGAGAGCAAGACUUUCCUCGCCCGGCUCUGUGAGCAGGCUGAGCGCUACGAUGAGAUGGUCACCUAUAUGAAGGAAGUUGCCAACAUUGGAGGCGAGCUUACCGUGGAUGAGCGUAACCUUCUCUCCGUUGCCUACAAGAACGUCGUUGGUACCCGCCGUGCCUCCUGGCGUAUCAUCUCCUCCAUUGAACAGAAGGAGGAGUCCAAGGGUUCUGAACAGCAUGUCACCAUCAUCCGUGAUUACCGCCAGAAGAUCGAGAACGAGCUAGAGAGAGUCUGCCAGGAUGUCCUCGAUGUGUUGGACGACUCUCUCAUCCCCAAGGCCGAGACUGGCGAGUCCAAGGUCUUCUACUACAAGAUGAAGGGUGACUACCACCGUUACCUCGCUGAGUUUGCCUCGGGCAACAAGCGCAAGGUCGCUGCUACUGCCGCCCACGAGGCCUACAAGAACGCCACCGAUGUCGCUCAGACCGACCUGACUCCCACCCACCCCAUCCGCUUGGGUCUUGCCUUGAACUUCUCCGUUUUCUACUACGAGAUUCUGAACUCCCCCGAUCGUGCGUGCCACCUUGCCAAGCAGGCCUUCGAUGACGCUAUUGCGGAGCUCGACUCGCUGUCGGAGGAAAGCUACCGUGACAGCACCUUGAUCAUGCAGUUGCUGCGUGACAACUUGACCCUGUGGACCUCUUCCGAUGGAAACGAGGCCGAAGGUGCUUCCAAGGAGGACAAGCCCGAGGAGGAAUCCGCGCCGGCCGCUGAGGACAAGGGUGAGGAGACCAAGCCUGCACCCGCCGCCGAGUCUUAGAGCUCCGGGACGGACUGUUUUCUUUGUUGUAUUAAAAUAUGCGUUGUGCGCUCGGCGUGUCUCUUUGGACGUUCGAAUUCUCCCCCCUGGAAGAGUUUUAUGAAGGCCUCAUUUAGCUGCGUGACUGGAUUGGACUGGCACCUUUUAACUUCCACUUGUUCGCAAUCGUGUGGGUCGGCCGGCGGAG